AAGACUGCAGAAGGUGAGGGAGUGGCCACCUGACCCCCUCUGCUCCACUUUCUGACAGCGUAGAAGACACUCUGUUCGGCUUGAUCGCUCCUGGAGGGAUUUAUACUUUUAUCAAGCUUUUAUCCUGGGAAAUGUUCAGCAAAAUCGGGAUAAUGUGUGCAUGACGACACCAACCCUUUUGUGACGAUGUACGAAGUGAUGUCUGGUGACACCCUGGCCUGGAAAGGAGCCAGUCCACGACAAAGUAGCACAGACCCCAGCCAUGAAACCGAGUUCACUGGGGAUGGAGGGCCAGUAAAAAUCCUUAAAGUGUGCUUCUGCACAAACAACAACCUGGGAAAGAACUUUAAGCUGGUAAAAUGUGACAGCUCCUGGAAAAUAGAGGCUAUUAUACGCUCAAUCCUGGUCAGUGGUCGAUUGGGGCCUAACGUUGAACUCUCAAAAUGUUAUGGUCUUAUGUUGAAGCACUUAAAGUCUGAAGAACUUCACUGGCUGCAUCCAGCUCUGACUGUUGGUGAGGUUGAACAACGCUACGAGAGUCAUCAUGUGGAGGCUGAGUGGAGGUACGACCUUAGGAUCAGAUACAUUCCAGUCAACUUCCUGGAGAAGUUUAAAAAGGACAGAUCCACGUUUCUUUAUUUUUACCAGCAGGUGCGUAGUGACUACAUGCAGAGUCAUGCCAGCAAGGUCAGCGAUGGAAUGGCCCUGCAGCUUGGCUGUUUGGAAAUCAGGAGGUUCUAUAAAGACAUGAAUGCAAAAGGCCUUGAAAAGAAAUCUAACUUUGAGCUGCUAGAAAAAGAAGUUGGCCUGGACCUUUUUUUCCCUCAGCAACUGAUAAACAGCAUGAAGUCUAGGCAGCUACGGAAGAUGAUCCAGCAAACAUUUCAACAGUACGCAACACUUAAGGAGGACGACUGUAUGAUAAAGUUUUUCGAGACCCUCAGGGCAUUUAUCAGCUAUGACGAGGAGGUCUUUCCAUGUGAACUAGUGCAAGGUUGGAGUCUGUCUGUGGAGCUGGUCAUUGGAGGAAGGGGUAUUCGCCAGCGUUCCCAAAAGGAUUCAGCGGCUUUGUUCCUAACUGACUUCAAACAGAUUAAGAAAAUCCAGUGCUUGUCACAAAGCGAUGGUAAGGCACUUCUAAACAUCAACGUUGAAGGUGCCAAACAAAGCCUGUCUAUCAGUGUGGCUACAGUUCCUAUGGCAGAGAACAUGAUGGACCUCAUUGAUGGAUACUACCGCCUGGAAAAUGACACAGAUGACAGUGUUAUUUACCAACAAAACAAAGAUCCCAAGUCUGCACGGGUGUCCCUACCUGAACUCCCUACAAGCAUAGACCGCGGCUCGGCCAGACACAGUAUGGGUUCGGAUAUUUAUUGUGAGAUUCUUGACGAGAGGUCUAAACCAGUUGUGAAGUAUGGGAUUGAUAGAGAUGACAUCGUUCUGGGGCGAAUCCUCGGUGAGGGCUUCUUUGGAGAAGUCUACGAUGGAGUGUACAAAAAAGCUAAUGGCGAAAGGGUUAAUGUGGCAGUCAAGACCUGCAAGGAUUGUUCAUCCGAAGUGAUGGAGAAAUUUACGAGUGAAGCAGUUAUUAUGAAGAACCUUGAUCAUCCUCACAUUGUCAAGCUGAUUGGAAUCAUAGAGGAGGAUCCUGUGUGGAUCGUUAUGGAGCUUUACCAGUAUGGAGAGCUCGGUAACUACCUUACUCAGAACCAAAGCAAGCUGACGAACACAACCCUGGUGCUGUUCAGCCUGCAGAUCUGCAAAGCCCUUGUCUACCUCGGAGGGUGCAACAUGGUUCACAGAGACAUUGCGGUUCGGAACGUGCUAGUUGCAAGCCCAGACUGUGUGAAGCUCGGAGACUUUGGUCUGUCGAGAUACAUCGAGGAUGAAGAAUACUACAAAGCUUCUGUUACUCGAUUACCAAUCAAGUGGAUGGCUCCAGAGUCCAUCAACUUCAGACGUUUUACCUCAGCUAGCGAUGUCUGGAUGUUUGCUGUGUGUAUGUGGGAGAUCAUGAGCCGUGGGCAGCAACCGUUUUUCUGGCUGGGGAACAGAGAUGUGAUCAACCAGUUGGAGCAGGGCAUCAGAUUGCCCAAACCAGACAACUGCCCUCCUGCUCUUUACUCACUCAUGACGUGCUGCUGGUCCUAUGACCCCGUAGAGAGACCCAAUUUCACUGAGCUUGUGGUCAAGAUCAGUGACGUCCACAAGAUGGAGAAGGAGCAGGAUGUAGAGAGAGAACGAGACAGAGCACGUGUCAUCAAAUUUCCUGAACCAAAGGUGAACUUUGCAGAAGCUCCUCCUAAGCCAUCGAGGGCGAUGCCAAGCCGGUUUGGGAACACUCUCAGUAUCGGUCUACAUAUUCAGCUGAAUGAAGCUCUGUGUGCCAGCUCACCUGACCUGGCCAGCCCAUGUGAAUACCAAUCUCCAGUUGACUCCAGAAACACGCUUGCGCUGCCAGUCAUAUCCCCCCGUCGCCGCAGCAUGGGGGAGAGUGAAUUUCUGCGAAUGGAACCAAACAGCAGGGAGGACGCUCAGCGCCUGUGGCAGAAGGAACGACAACACAUGCAGGACACUCUGCGGCUGCAGAAGGAGCAGAUGAUAGUGGAUAAGAAGUGGCUGGAGAAGGAGGAGAAACUCCUGGACCCCAUGGGACAAGAUGACACUGCCAAUCCAGGGCCAACCAAAGCCGAAACUGAGCACGCACCGCCCGAGAAACCCCCACGACUCAAAGCACAGGCUGCUCCCACUGCAGAGAUUGACCGCUCUGAUGAUAAAGUAUAUCAGUAUGUUAUGGACUUGGUCAAAGUUGUUGUCCAACUGAAGAAUGACAUCACUGACCUGCAGCCAGAACAGUACAUCAUCAUUGUCAAGUCUGUUGGGAUGGCCUUAAGAGAUCUGAUCCGCAGUGUGGAUGAUGUGCUGCCCAGUUUACAUGAGUCAGUCAGGACUGAGAUUGAAGGUACCCAGAAGCUGCUCAACAAUGACAUGGCCGAGCUGAUCAGCAAAAUGCGCCUGGCCCAGCAGAACGUCAUCACCUCUUUAAAGGAGGAGUGCAAGAAACAGAUGCUGGCUGCUGCACACAUCCUGGCCAUGGACAGCAAGAAUAUUUUGGACGCUGUGGACCAAGCAAGAGUCAGAGCUAAUUUAGCCAAGCCUGCUGCCCCAGAGUGAAUUGCUAUUUUUCUUUUCCGAUUUUUCUGACGUUUCCCAUGUCUGUUUAAAAUAACAUUUGGACCAUGUCAGACAGUUUUGCUUUGAUAAAUAUGAGCCAGCUGCAGCCUCUGGUUCUUUGGACAACCAUCAGCGUGUAAAUAAAUGGCAUGUUUAAAUUCGAUGCUACUGAUUAGAUCAGCGAGACUGUCAAAGAAAAGUCAAAUAUGCACACAGUCAUUUAUAUUAUAUUAAAAAAGACAGUCCCAUAAAAUAAAGUGUAAUGAUCUGAUUUAUCAGGCUGCUGCCACACCUGAUCUGGGUCACUCUGAUCAUGGCUUUUUUUAAAGUCAGUGACGAGAUCUUCCUUUGUUUGCUGAAAAUAAAAAUCUCUGUAAAUACA